ACAUUCCUUAAUGGCAAUACUCAAUACGUUUUUCGCGAAAAAAAUCUCGUCCCAACCCAAACACCUGUUUGUUAUUGAUCGAUUAGUUUUACAAAUAAUGAAAACAACAAUUUCACCUUCAUCGUAGAAAUAAGCAGGUUCUAAGUUCUGUCCUUUUUAUAGCUGAGAAAGCUUGUCCCAUGCAAAAGAAAAAAAGGGCUAGGUAACUUCGCGAAGAGAACAUUUCAUGGGCGAAUCUCCUGAGAAUUAUUGAAAAUAAUAAUACACUAAUAAUGCAAACCAUAUUUUUAUGUGAUGGGGCAAAAAUGCAUGGAUCUCAGCGGGUAAUUAUGUUCUGCCUUCUGACUACAAUCCUACCUACAACUUUAAUAGUAUCAUCAUUGUAUCUCAGGAAUAUUAGAUAUGCUGAUGUUAUGUACAAAAUAUCAGAUUCAGAUGUUAUACAAAUCCAUAAAGGACAAUCUUCAAUUUUCUGUGAAAAACAUUCCUUGAAAAUGAACAACACAUUUAAUGCAUUCCAAAUGAAAGGCAGACCUGAACUAUCUAAUAAGACAAGACAUAUUAAAUUAAGAAAAUCAAUGUCAAUGCCCGAUGAUACUUUAGAAUAUUGGGGUUUCUUUCUCUUUGCUGGAGCAACUGUUGAACUGAAAGCCUGUUCCAGGUAUGAAGGUUCUAAAAUAUUAGUAGUGAAAGGAGAUAAAAUUCUAAACACCUGUGGUAUAUUAGAUGGUAGUAAAUACAGGAAAGAUCCAUCAUUAAUUGAUAAACAAGGUCAAGUGUCUGUAACUUUGGAAAAUCCUGGAAAAAAGAUUAAUAGUGUAAAAUUGUCAGAGAAUACACAACACGAAAAUGCUAUGGAAGAACAAUCAAAUGAACAUGAUGAUUUUAAAGAUAAUUUUGAGAAAGAAACCAAUAAAAGACAAAAAAGAUCAGCCGCAAGUAUGCCAUUACACAAUCCAAAUACUAUAUUGGACACUGGAGUUAAUCACGGUGGCAAUGCAAAUGUUCCAAAUGUAACAGAAGAUGCUUCAGUAUCAAGCUUCGAGAACAAUUUACAUGAGUGUUACAAUGAUAACAUACUCAUGAACAAUUUCUUUCCAUAUUCUAAAGAAUGUAAUAGCACCAACUAUUUAGAAAAUACUACUAUAUUAAAGGUUGAACAUAAGAUACAAUCUGACGGGUAUUAUUACUAUAUAUUUUAUAGUGACAAUGAUUUGGUGAAUAAUGACAUUCAUGCAAUAUUUGAUAUUUAUAAACCAACAUUCCAAUAUGCAAACAUGUCUGACUCCAAGGUUUGUCUUAAUAGUACUGAAUGUGAGUUUGAUAUAAGUAUUUUUAGUGAUGAGUUAGUGAUAGUAGAAGUUCCCACGACUGAUGGCUUUAAUAAUGAUAAAUCAUUUAUUUUAACUUCGGUAUGUCACCCUCGUACCUCAGUAUACAUUAUUUUCCCAGUGUCAGUUUUGUUGUUGAUACUCCUUUUUGCAUUUUUAUGAUAUUUCUUGAAAGUUUGGUCAUAUUCUUUACUGAUUCGGGUGAAUAUUACCAGAAAUGUGAUAUUAAUUUAUUAAUUAGAUAUUGUUAAGUAGAUAAUUGAAUAGAUAUGUUGAUCUAUUUAUUAUUCAUUGUUAUUCUAAAUAUAUUAUUCUUCUUGA